UGCUAACGGCCAACCCGGGAAGCCAAGUAAAGCAAAUUUUUGUCAGUAACUAUGACAGUUGCAACUGGGGAUCCCACAGAUGAAACUUCAGCUCUACCAGGUCACCCCCAGGACACGUAUGACCCUGACCCAGAUCACGAAUGUUGCGAGAGAGUAGUUAUAAAUAUUUCUGGGCUGCGGUUUGAAACACAACUGAAAACCUUAUCACAGUUCCCUGAAACAUUACUAGGGGAUCCUAAAAAGAGGAUGAGAUACUUUGACCCACUAAGGAAUGAAUAUUUCUUUGACCGAAACAGACCGAGCUUUGAUGCUAUCCUGUACUAUUACCAGUCUGGUGGCAGGUUAAGGAGACCUGUCAAUGUCCCUUUGGAUAUCUUUUCUGAGGAAAUCAGGUUCUAUGAACUUGGUGAAGAAGCCAUGGAGAUCUUCCGGGAAGAUGAAGGAUUUAUAAAGGAAGAGGAACGUCCCUUACCAGAUAAUGAGUUUCAGAAGCAAGUGUGGUUAUUGUUUGAGUAUCCUGAAAGCUCUGGACCUGCCAGGAUUAUAGCUAUUAUUUCUGUCAUGGUGAUAUUAAUAUCUAUUGUGAGCUUUUGCCUUGAAACUUUGCCUGUUUUCAGAGAUGAAAAUGAGGGCAUGCAUGGGAAGGCAGUCAAUUACUACCCAUACUCCAACAGCACGCGUGGAUACCAACUACCUAAUCCUUUUACAGACCCUUUCUUCAUUGUGGAAACCCUGUGUAUCAUCUGGUUCUCCUUUGAGUUCCUGGUUCGUUUUUUUGCCUGUCCAAGCAAAGCCGGCUUCUUCACCAAUAUCAUGAACAUCAUUGACAUAGUUGCGAUUAUUCCUUACUUUAUUACUUUAGGUACUGAGCUGGCAGAGAAAAGUGAAGAUGGGCAACAGGGUCAGCAAGCAAUGUCUUUAGCUAUUCUUAGGGUUAUCCGGUUGGUCAGAGUGUUUAGGAUUUUCAAGCUUUCAAGACAUUCAAAAGGCCUCCAGAUUUUGGGACAGACUCUCAAAGCCAGCAUGAGGGAAUUAGGCCUAUUGAUAUUUUUUCUUUUCAUUGGUGUUAUUCUUUUUUCUAGUGCAGUGUAUUUUGCAGAGGCUGACGAGAGAGAUUCUCAGUUUCACAGCAUCCCAGAUGCCUUCUGGUGGGCUGUGGUUUCCAUGACAACAGUAGGAUAUGGAGAUAUGGUCCCUACAACUAUAGGUGGCAAGAUUGUAGGGUCCCUGUGUGCGAUUGCAGGCGUUUUAACCAUUGCCUUACCUGUCCCUGUCAUAGUAUCCAACUUCAAUUACUUCUAUCACAGAGAGACGGAGGGUGAGGAACAAGCACAAUAUUUGCAAGUAACCAGCUGUCCAAAGAUCCCGUCUUCCCCUGACCUUCAAAAAAGCAGAAGUGCCUCCACUCUUAGUAAAUCUGACUACAUGGAGAUUCAAGAAGGAGUUAACCAUAGCAAUGAAGACUUUCGAGAGAAGAACUUAAAAACAGCAAAUUGCACCUUAGGAAACACAAACUAUGUAAAUAUAACCAAAAUGCUGACUGAUGUCUGACUGAUUUUUUUUUCAAUUGCAAGGGUUGUCUGGGACAGUAGCAGAGCUUUGCGUAAUGCAAUAAUCUGCUAGGUGAUAUAUUUUUAGGUGUGUCGUUUCUGCAUGGAAAGCAAUAGCCGUGUAAGUGAUGUAUUAUUGCAUUUCCAAUUAGGAGAUAACUCGCAGAACAUUCAAUGACAACAUGUGGGGAGCCUGGAAGCUUUGCGACUACUCAGUCAAAGAAUCCUAGAGGCCCAGACAUGAGGCCAGCGGUAGCCCUUAAAAGGCUUCUGUAUAUA